UUAUCGUUCGGGCGGUUCUACGCUGCUAUCAGUUCUGUGUCGGUAGUUCCGUUCCAAGUUCCGGUGGUGUUAAGAAUCUAGGCAUACUUCCAACGACCGAAGGUCGUGCGAAAAAUUGGAAUCGAAACGAAACGCGAAACGAAUUUGAAACGGCAUGUCCGAGGCUGCCAGUCCUCCUCCGAGUCAGCCUGGGAUUUCGCAGAGCUACUGUUUCAAAUGGAGCGACUACGGGAGCCACGUACCAUGCGUUGUUCGUCAGCUACUAGACGAGAAUUGCAUGGUGGACGUUACCAUUUCUGCUGACGGGCACAAGAUUCAUGCACAUCGCAUCGUAUUAUCCGCCUGUAGCACCUUGUUCCAAGAAAUUCUAAAUCAAGUAAACGAGGAUUCACCUACAAUCAUACUCAGCGAUGUAUCUGCCAACGAUGUUCGCUCUAUCGUAGACUUUAUUUACAAUGGAGAGGUCAGCAUACCUGUGGAUAAUAUAGGGAGCCUGCUCGAUACCGCCCAUUCUUUAAAAAUACGAGGUCUUAUGGAGAUAGAUGGUUUGGAUGAGAGUGAUACUGGGACUUGCGGUGAGGAUCUCAGCGAGGAGACGGUUGAAUCAUUCAGCGAGCUUAACGAGGCUGAAGAACAAGAAUUCAAUACAUUGGAACAAGAAUUUGAAAGUGUUGAUAAUCCGAUAGAGCAAAGUAAUACAGCCAUGACUUGUCCCAAAAGGAAGCGGAGACGGGAUUCGUCCAAGAAAGACUAUAGCGAAGACAUGCUCAUGGCUGCGAUAAACGAUCUCAAAACAGGGCAUACCUUAGUCGAGGCUGCAACUAGUCAUGGUAUACCGCGCUCUACUUUGUAUAUGCGAGCUAAAGCCUUAGGACUCCAUCUGAAUGCUUCGAGAAAUGAGUAUUCGGCAGAAUGUAUGAAGGCAGCGAUAAAUGCUGUUUUGGAGGGUUCAAGCUUGCAGCAGGCAUCAGAAAUAUUUAGCAUUCCAAAAACUGUGCUAUGGCGGAGGAUUCAGAAAGAAGGUUGCCAGAUUCUUGGUCAACGGACAGAAAUGAAAAAAUCUUAUGAUGCGGAUAAGAGAGAAGCCGCAGUUAAAGCUUUGGAAAGAGGUGAAAAUCUCACAAAAGUGUCUCUUCAAUUUCAAAUUCCAAAAACCACCUUGUUCAGAGACAAAGCAAGAUUGGUGGAUGAAGGAAAGCUUCCUUUGUCGUUCUGGAAAAAACGGAAAACUGAAAACGAAGAUUUGAAAAAGUCUCGACUAGAGCAAGCAGUGGCUGCUUGCAGGGGUGGAAAAAUGUCACAGGCUGCAGCAUCGAUGACUUACCAUAUCCCGAAAACAACCAUAUGGAGAAGAUUACAGCAAGAUGGAAAAAAGCCGAACCGAUCUGUAGACGAGGAGGGUAACCACAAAUCAGAGGAUUUGAACGAUUUGUCUGACCAUAAAGAACAGGAACCUGAAUUUGCGUACUGUGAGGUAACUUCAGAAAUACCGAUAACGUACAUCAACGAAAACGGGAUACCCGAGGAUUCAGUGAUAAUUUUAACGACUGAUGACGGAGACGAGCUCAACUUGGAAGAAGGUACCGAAAUAAUAGUAAGUUCGGAUUCUACCCAGGAAUACGUACCCUGCGCUCUGGACAUUGAAGACAGCUCAAAUUAUACUCACAGUGAAAGUUAACACAUUUCUGCAGUGCAGAUGUAGUGUCCGCUCUUGCUGCCAUAUUCGAAUUAGGUGUAUAUUUAUUGUAAAUAAUCCAGAAACGGCGUUGACUAUUGUUGAAUUAAUCGCGAUACAGGAAUUGAUUAAGACGUAUUGCAUUAUAAAUGCCACCUCUGGAUUACCAUAGAUUCUGUUCUAUUAUAGUUUCAUUAAUAAAGGUAACAUAUUUUGUGUA